AUGGAAUUCCAUUUGAAUGAAUAUACUUUAGAAGCAUUAAAAAUUUGCUGUGCUGAUAUUGGCAUUUCCACUGAUGCUAAGAAGCAGGAAAUCGUCAAGAGAUUAGCUGAUGCUAGAAUUGCUUUGCUUAAGAAACAAUUGCAUGAAGAAGAAUCUGAACAAGGUAGCGAAAGCAUGUACCAAUCUGCUGAUGAAGAUGACAAACUUGUUUCAAAAGAAGAAUUCAAAACUUUAGAAUCUGCAUUUUAUGAACAAAAUGCUUUAAAUAAGGAACAAAACAAAAUCCAAAAGGAAAUUGGUCUUAAAUUUAAAGCUAAAGAAGAUGCUUCAGAAUUAGUUAAAAAGAAGGAUGAAAUUGAGCAAGAUGCUGAUAAACAAUUGAAAUUCAAAGUUAACCAAAUUGGUAACAUUGCUCAUGAAUCAGUUGUCAUCUCAAAUGAUGAAGAUAACAAUGAAUUAGUUAGAACUUGGAAACCAGAAGGUUCAGCUGAUAUUGCCAAAUUAUCCCAUCAUGAAGUUUUAUCACGUUUAGAUGGUUAUGAUCCAGAACGUGGUGUUCGUAUUGUUGGUCACCGUGGUUAUUUCUUAAGAAAUUAUGGUGUUUUCUUAAAUCAAGCCUUGAUUAACCAUGGUUUAUCAUUCUUAGCUGAAAAUGAAUAUACUCCAUUACAAGCUCCAGUUAUGAUGAACAAAGAUGUUAUGGCUAAAACCGCUCAAUUAUCACAAUUCGAUCAAGAGUUAUAUAAAGUUAUUGAUGGUGAAGAUGAAAAAUAUUUGAUUGCCACUUUAGAACAACCAAUUUCAGCUUAUCAUGCUGGUGAAUGGUUUGAAAGCCCUGCUGAACAAUUACCAGUUCAAAAAUCAUGGACUGAAUUUGAUUGUAUGAUUGGUUUAUCUGAAGAAUUUUAUAAAUUCUUAAGGUUACCUUACAGAGUUGUUGGUAUUGUUUCUGGUGAAUUAAACAAUGCUGCUGCUAAAAAAUAUGAUUUAGAAGCUUGGUUCCCCUUCCAACAAGAAUAUAAAGAACUUGUUCCGUGUUCAAACUGUACUGAUUACCAAUCAAGAAACUUGGAAAUCAGAUCAGGCAUCAAGAAAAUGAAUGUCGAUAGAGAAAAGAAAUACGUCCAUUGUUUAAACUCAACUUUAUGUGCUACUGAAGGUGCCUUAUGUUGUAUUUUAGAAAACUACCAAACUGAAGAUGGUUUAGUUAUUCCAGAAGUUUUAAGAAAAUACAUUCCAGGUGAACCUGAAUUUAUUCCAUUCUUGAAAGAAUUACCAAAGAACUCAACUUCCCAGAAGAAGAAAUGA